ACAUACAUGUACUACUAGUAUAUCAUGUCAUCUAUUCUCACUGGGACAUUGAUAGUUUUCUUACUAAUAUUAAAUGCUUAUGCAUACGAUAAUUUAUCAGAAGGCCGUUCCAUCGUCGUUUAUAAUACAACGAAAUUAUCGAAUGGAGUCAGGAUAUAUAAAGCGUCUUCAUGUUUCCCCUUUGAAAACUUCGAAAUUUUGACAUUGGUUGUCGAUCUUUUAGACGUUCGAAGUGUGUACCAGAUUGAAUUUACAAUAGGUCCACAAUCAAGAUUAGGCAGUUAUAUCUGGAGAGUGAUAGGAGGAUGGUCAAUAUUCAUUUCUAAUUCAAGUUCCACUGACUCCGGGUCCUUGUAUGCUUCAGGAACUUUAAAUAACAAGGAAAUAUCAGUUUUUGUAACCAAACAAAAACAUGGCCGAUUUAUGGUGCUUAAAUACGCAGCUAACACUCAAAAUCAAAGCGUUCCAUUUUGUACUUUCAAAGUAUUUGGAUGUGACAUGGGUGUGUUUGGAACAAACUGUAAUGUCAAUUGUUCAAAGAACUGCAUCGGGAAAUCAUGUGACAUCAUAGACGGAAGAUGUCUGAGCGGGAGAUGUACGGAUGGUUGGCAAGGAAACAACUGUAAUCUAAAGUUUAGCGAUAAAGCAUUUUUUCCAAACUUUACCAAAAAAUACGAUAUCUGUAAAGAUAGUGCUGGAAAAUUUAAUAACGUGACUGCUGUCAGUGAUAAACUUUGCAUCGCUAGAAACAAAAGUGGGAAGUGUGACUCAAGUGCACAACACGCUGAGGAAACCCAACCAGAAGUUUAUGGUCUGUUGGCAGCAUUUAUAGUUUCCACUUUGGUGAACUGUGUGUUCCUAACAGUUUAUUGUAAAAGGUUCAUGUUAAAAAGAAGAAAGAGGACCUCACUUCAGACCACACUUGCACCAAUAUAUGCAAAUGAACCUGAAGAGAAUCAAAAUCAGAGAUCUGGUCAAGAACAGGACGAAUCAGAGAUGAAAAUAUAUUACGAAACAUUACAAGCCAGCUCCAAUGAACCGGAUAAACAUAAUUAUGCUUCAUUCAAAUAAAUUAAGAAACGAAAUGAAAUAAAGCUGUUUAAAAAUACAUUAUUCAGUUUCAAAGUUUUGGAUUAACACUGAAGCCAACUCUGUUUGCGACAUUGUUUAUUCCUGAAACAUGAAAAAGAAUGUUUGUGAACGCUGGAUAUGUAUUACAUUCAGGUAUACAUGUAGUAUAUCCGAAGGUUUGAUAUUUGCAAUUGAUAUGCUUUGUAAAAUAACAAUAUAUAAUAUUCCGACGUUUACGAUGCCAAUGAAACUCUAAUGAAAGAAGUCAUACGCUAAUAACAAUUAGUAAAAUAACUAUACAUUAUAUUUCGGCGUUUACGAUGCUAAUGGAACCUAUAUACUGAUAAGAAUUAGUGUACAAUAACAUGGUUUUAGGUUAUUAAAGUAGAUUAUUUGACAGUUAUUUGACAGUGAAUAUUUGAAUUUUGGGAUCUUGUGAAACAUGUCAGUAUAUUAAUAUUUCACGACUCUGCUAAUUGUAAAGACUUUUUAGCUCCCAUGAUUUCAAUUAUUACUGAUUAAGAUAUAUUUGCAUGUUGUAUAUCAUGAAGAUAUUUUUUUUUCUAAUUUACAGUGUUAAAU